UGGAACACUGGCUAAACUUUUUUUUUGAGCCCUCCCCCCACCUCUCUCACACUCAUUCCUCUGUCCGUUCCGGUGGUAGACCCGUGAUGGAGACUCAGAGUUCUUAAACUGCGCCGGUAGAAAAGUGACUCCUCGUGGUCGAUUACGGCGAGGAUAAUAACGGUAAAAGAGAUCGAGAAUGGAGACGGUUGAGCAGCUCGUUUCGUUUAACCAUAUCCAAGUCCAGCUGAAGGGAGGCUCGCCUUGGGGGUUCACGCUGAAAGGAGGUCUCGAACACGGAGAACCGCUCAUCAUCACUAAAAUAGAAGAUGAUGGAAAGGCAGAACAGUGUAACAAGCUGAGGGUGGGAGAUGAGCUGGUGAAUAUUAAUGGAUCAGCCCUGUAUGGUUCACGACAAGAGGCCCUCAUCCUCAUCAAGGGAUCCUAUAGGAUACUGAAGAUCACCGUACGCAGACGCAGUACACCUGUGAUCAGGCCUCACUCCUGGCAUCUGACCAGGCUGUCAUCAUCAGAGUCCUCCCCCAGUUCUACCCCUCUCCCCGCUCUCCGUGCCGACACCCUCCCCCCUCCUCCCCCCCCUGCCCCCCCCUCUGCCAUGCAGCUCCACCCUGGGCCCUACACACUACCCUGGCACUCGACAGCAGACACCAGUGAUCUGUCUAUCCAGUGGAAUCAGCUCUCCAGACACUACUCCACAGACCACAGCAGUUCUUUAGGUAGCAUGGAGAGCCUGGAGCCUCCUAGCAGCCAAGUGUACUACGAUUCCCAGAAUUCACCAGUGGACCCUGCCAUCUUCAACAACAAGAGGGACUACAAUUCCCCUGUUGACCCCGGCAUCUUCAACAACAAGAGAGACUACAAUUCCCAGAAUUCCACAGUGGACCCUGCCAUCUUUAACAACAAGAGAGACUACGAUUCUCAGAAUUCCCCAGUGGACCCUGUCAUCUUCAACAACAAGAGAGACUACGAUUCCCAGAAUUCCCCUGUCGACCCUGUCAUCUUCAACAACAAGAGAGACUCUGCCUAUAGUUCUUUUUCAGCUAGUUCUAAUACGUCUGACUAUACUGUCUCACUGAGGCCUGGUGAAGCCUGUUCCAUGGACAAUAUCCUCCAGAGCCUGGGGCCAGGGGGGCCCACCAGCCAGGGGUAUGCCUGCGGCGAUGCACCGUCCCUGGGGAGGGAGUCAGGCGAGCCCCAAGAUGAGACCAGGACCUCUGCCUUACUAAAGUCUGGGUCGCUGACCAGACCAAGAGUGAGGCGGCCAGAAGUGAAGGAAAGACCAUCUUCAUACUGUUAUGAGGACGAGAGGAGGAAGGGAGAAGGGGAGAUGGGUGGAGGAGAAGGGGAAAGGGAGGUUUCGAGUCCCCCCCAGCCACCGACCAGGAAGGACAGUUUCAGGGCCACCCGGGGUUGCUCCGGGGUCACAGAUGUCAAAGUACAACGAUGCAUCCCUGACCCCGUCGGAAUUCCCAGCCUCUCCCAUUGCUAUGCCGAAGACGAUGACGACAAUCUUCUGAACAUUCCGGGCGUUCCGGGCAACAACGGCUAUCCUGCUACUAGUGAGACGUCAAAGACUGAGGGAAACAGAAAUGGAAACAGGGUUGGGAAUUUCAAAGGUGAUUCCUUAGAGCAGUACUACACCCUCAUCUCCAAGAAAAAAAGUUCCCGUAAGGACAGCAACUCAGUGAUCCAGAAUAGCCACCCAGACCCCCUUUCCCCCCUCCUCCCUGCUUCAGAGAUAAGCUCCACUUCUCCCAUUUCAAGCCCCGGCCCUCCUGACACCUCCAUAGAUCCAGAACCCUUAGGGGAGCCCAGCCACCUCCUCCCCCAGAACAAGCACUCCUCAUUAGGUCUCUACAGACACAGCGCCCCAGAGAAACUCUUGUCCCAGCUACGUCUCCUAGAGUUCUCCAGCGACCCCUCAGACCCUUCAGACCGUAGCUCCGCCUCCCCCUCCAGCUCCCAGUGGUCUCAUUCCCCCUUUCACCCCACCAGAGAGAACCUAUCUGAGGAUCUAGGUAGUAACAACGCCCCUGUCCAACUCCAGCAGAACCAGGGGAAAUGGGGAGAGGGUGCUGGAGGAGGAGGGAGUCGCUGCUCUUCCCCAGGAUUGGUGAACAUCGAUGGGGUUAGAGAGGCAAGGGAGAUGGGAUUGGUGGUAGGGGGGGCUGCUGCUACUCUCCUCUCUCCCAUCCAGCUCCAACACCCCUGGGCUAGGUCAUUGAGUGUACCAGGGUCAGAGAAGCCUUCUGGAGGCUGUAACCAGGGAGGAGUGAGCUCUGAGCGGGUACGGAAGACAGACUUUGGGCCUCUCAGUGCUGCAGCAAGUGUGGAUAGCCUAAUUGAGGAGAAUCUGAGAGGAGGAGGAAGAGAAGAAAGAAGAGGAGAAAGAGAGGAUGAUGAUGAUGGAGAGGUGCUGAUGAAGAAACCCAGGAGUCACCGUUCGUCCCGGUCACGCCGCCGCAGCGAACGCUUCGCCACCAACCUCCGAAAUGAGAUCCAGCGCAAGAAAGCUCAGCUGUCGAAAAGCAAAGGCCCAGGAGGUUUGCUCUACGGCGGGGAGACGGUCGAGGAAGAAGAAGGUCCUGACCUGGAGGACCUCCAGAGGGAAGAGGCUGACGAUCUCAAGGAAAGGUGCUCCCAGGAAAGGUGCUCCGAAGGCAGGUACACCUCGUCGGAUGACAGCCGAUCAGCUCCAGCCCCUGGAAGUCUAUUGGCCUCUACUUCCACACCCCAGCUCUACCAGCUGUCCCCAACCCCAGUUUCAGCUCUGCAACCCCUCCGGGAUGAAGAUCCUGAACCACCAGAGGACAAAGACCAAGCGUCAGACCCAUCCAGGACCACCCAGAGGUUGAUUCCAGCCAUGCCCAGCUGCGAUGUGGGAACCCAGGUGGUGGAGGAGCAAGAUCCAGCUGGGUUGGCUCGUCGAUGGAGGUGGACGCCCGAACACCAUCUCCAACUGGAAAUGGACACCGACCGUCAGGGCGAGAGGGUUACAGGGGCCCUGGGGUUAUCAGGACGAGGAAGAGCAACCUCCUCCUCUUCCUCCACCACCACUCGUUCUUCUCGUACGGAGGAGUGCGAUGUUCUUCCUUUCGCGGAUCGUUGUAAGUUCUUUGAGGAGACCAGUAGGAGUAUGUCUGUGUGGAAUCUACCAGGCCUGACGAGUCGAAGACAGAGGCCAGAUAGACACGGGAGGCAGCCUCAUCCAUCCACGCUGGAGAACCAGGGAGGGGGCUACGGACAGGGAAAAGCCCAGCGGAGGUACUCGUACCAGGGGGGAAUCCAGAAGGAAAGUCCCCUAUCGAUUACAACCAUGGAGACCCGGAGGGGGAGAGAAAAGGAGAGGGAGAGAGAGAAGGAGGGGGAGAGAGCGAAAGAGAGGGAGAGAGAGAAGGAGAGGGAGAGAGAGAAGGAGGGGGAGAGAGCGAAAGAGGAGCAGAGACUAUGCGAAGAGAAGGCUAGACUGAGAGAGAGGGAGAGAGAAAGAGAGAAGGAGAUUGAGCUGGCGAGGGAAUGUGAGAGGGAGAUAGAGAGACAAGGAGAGAGGGAGAGAGAGUCACUCAGUACAGCUCGGGACCUCUACAACACUCGGACUCAGCCCCAGGCAUACCAGAAGAACCAGACCCACUCCUGCCCCCAUCUCCAAGCCCAGAUAGAGGCCCCUCAUUCAGCCUUCCACCCUGUCAACACCCCUCUCCUACAGGACAACCAGGCUCCACAUCAGGGGUACCUACAAUAUGGCUACACACCAACAGAGGAGUAUCCUGUCCCAUCCCAGCCGUUACCGCGGGAACAAACACAACUCAACAGGAAGUUCAGCCUGACCGAGAGGGACUACCCGCGGUACAGACGUGAUUCCUGCACCAGGCCACCAGAUUGUGCUAUAACAGUUACACCACACCACCACCACCAGCUGGGUCGGAGCGGCAGGCUGUCUGCCUGUAGUGUGGAUGAUCCCACGUCUUCAUCGUCGUCUUCGUCACUACGAAGCAGGGCCAUGUCGGAGAAUGAUCUACGCUUCGACUCCACAUACCACCGUGCUUCCCCCUCGGUUGCUACAGCAACACCGCUUUCAGAGCUGGAGGAGGGAGGCGGGGUUGGUGGAGUGGGAAGUGCUAGGGGAGUGGCUACCAGGAAGAAAACCCCACCCCCUCCCAGGCCGCCUCCCCCCAAAUGGGAGGAGUUCCACCGAAGGAGAGCGUCCCACCACACCCUCUUCGCCUCUUCUCUCUCCUCCACCUCUUCUUCAUCAGUCCAUCCUCUCCCUCUCAGUCCACCAGAGGGUCUAUGCUCUCACUCUCCUCACACCCCCUGUCCCACAGAAACGUCCAAAAUGACGCAUCAGCGCUCUUACAGCCUCCCCCCUCAGAGGGAGGAGCUAGAGGGGUGCCAGCGCUGUAGCCUGAGCCAGCUCCAGGAAUGCCCCUUUUCACAAGCCACGCCCAGUCCCCGGUUCACACGCAGGACCUUCCGGCCGGUGGCGCCACAACAUAGAGAGAGAGACACACCCACUCAUUACGACAACUCACUGCCCCCUCUACCACCAUCAGACAACCAAGCCAGGCUAUGCAACAUGGAUGAUCAAGAUCGCCCUGCUGUGUUGAAGCCCAUCUCUCAUAGACAGCAGAGGGCCGGUGCUGAGUGGGAGAGAACUCCAUCUCCCAGGGUGCAUAGCGUCUCAGCCCUCCCCACCAUAGAGAAUGGUGCUAUCUCUCUCGAGUCCUACUUUGCUAUGAGCUACGAGCAGCAGCAACAGCUACAGAACAGUAGAAGAUUCCGGAAUCAUCCCCACAACAACAAUAACAACAAACCAGAAUUGGAACUGGAACCAGGUUUUAGCCCGAGCUCCGCCCAGAGCUUGGAACAGGAAGUGGACAUCCCCAUGGAAACAGACAUUGACGACUUCCAGGAGGAGGGGCUUCCUGAGGAUGAAGAGCCAAUCAGGACAGAGCUCCAGUGUUUUGCUCUGCCUGUCACGGUUCUGGAGACAGACAUCGAUACGCUGCCUGACCAGCAGGCCUCGCCGGCGGUUAGGAAGACUGCAGAGAGUGGGUCCCUGGAUGGGGAGAUGGAGGACCAUGGGAUGGGGACCAGAGAGGGACUCAUGGAGGAGCUAUUCCCCCAGAGCGGUGAGGGCAAGGCGGGCACAGAGAGAUGGAGAGGGGCCCACCGUAGCUCAAACUCGGGGAAAAACACUGACAGCCUGGAUAGGCAUUCUGGUGCCAGCUCCAGUUGUUCGUCCUAUUAUUCUACCUCAGCAGCCAAGGCUCAGCUCCUCACUCAGAUGAAAGACUACUGCUCAGAUGCCAGAGAUACUGACCACGAUGACCAACUGUCUUAUAAGAAACAGUUGAUGGAGAGUCUCCGUAAGAAGCUAGGAGUUCUGAGAGAAGCACAGAGAGGUCUACAGGAAGAUAUACGGGCUAACACACAGCUGGGAGAAGAGGUUGAGAGCUUGGUGCUAGUGGUCUGUAAACCCAACGAGGUGGAUAAGUUCAGGAUGUUUAUCGGGGACCUGGAUAAGGUUGUCAGUCUGCUGCUGUCUCUCUCUGGUCGGCUACUGAGGGUGGAGAGCUCCCUGGCCAACCUGGACGCUGAGACUGGACACCACGAGAGGCUCCUCCUCCUGGAGAAGAAGCGACAGCUACAGGUCCAGCUGUCUGAAGCUCAGGAUCUGAAGGAACACGUUGACCACAGAGAGCAGGCUGUAGGAAGGGUCCUGGGACGAUGCCUCUCCCCAGAACAGCACCGUGACUACAGCCACUACGUGAAGAUGAAGGCAGCAUUACUGGUGGAACAGAGACAGCUGGAGGAGAAGAUCAGACUGGGAGAGGAGCAGUUAAGGGGGCUGAGGGAGAGUCUGGGGUUAGGGUUAGGGCUGUCCAUGGGCUAUGGACACUAUUAAACCAACCAGGAAACCUUAAAGCUGGGGUUAGGGCUGUCCAUGGGCUAUGGACACUAUUAAACCAACCAGGAAACCUUAACGCUGGGGUUAGGCCUGUCCAUGGGCUAUGGACACUAUUAAACCAACCAGGAAACCUUAAAGCUGGAGUUAGGGCUGUCCAUGGGCUAUGGACACUAUUAAACCAACCAGGAAACCUUAAAGCUGGGGUUAGGGCUGUCCAUGGGCUAUGGACACUAUUAAACCAACCAGGAAGCCUUAAAGCUGGGGUUAGGGCUGUCCAUGGGCUAUGGACACUAUUAAACCAACCAGGAAACCUUAAAGCUGGGGUUAGGGCUUUCCAUGGGCUAUGGACACUAUUAAACCAACCAGGAAGCCUUAAAGCCGAGGUUAGGGCUGUCCAUGGGCUAUGGACACUAUUAAACCAACCAGGAAACCUUAAAGCUGGGGUUAGGGCUUUCCAUGGGCUAUGGACACUAUUAAACCAACCAGGAAACCUUAAAGCUGGGGUUAGGGCUGUCCAUGGGCUAUGGACACUAUUAAACCAACCAAGAAGCCUUAAAGCUGAGGUUAGGGCUGUCCAUGGGCUAUGGACACUAUUAAACCAACCAGGAAGCCUUAAAGCUGGGGUUAGGGCUGUCCAUGGGCUAUGGACACUAUUAAACCAACCAGGAAACCUUAAAGCUGGGGUUAGGGCUUUCCAUGGGCUAUGGACACUAUUAAACCAACCAGGAAGCCUUAAAGCCGAGGUUAGGGCUGUCCAUGGGCUAUGGACACUAUUAAACCAACCAGGAAACCUUAAAGCUGGGGUUAGGGCUUUCCAUGGGCUAUGGACACUAUUAAACCAACCAGGAAACCUUAAAGCUGGGGUUAGGGCUGUCCAUGGGCUAUGGACACUAUUAAACCAACCAAGAAGCCUUAAAGCUGGGGUUAGGGCUGUCCAUGGGCUAUGGACACUAUUAAACCAACCAGGAAACCUUAAAGCUGGGGUUAGGGCUGUCCAUGGGCUAUGGACACUAUUAAACCAACCAGGAAACCUUAAAGCUGGGGUUAGGGCUGUCCAUGGGCUAUGGACACUAUUAAACCAACCAGGAAACCUUAAAGCUGGGGUUAGGGCUGUCCAUGGGCUAUCACAUUGACAUGGGAAGAGCCUCAGUCUUGGCUUGGGUGGUUGGUCUAGAAAUAGAGGAGAACCUUGUUGGACUGGUUAGGGAUGGGACAUGGGAGGAUGGGCCUGGGGUAUGGGCUUUACUGAAAGGCCAGGCAGAAGAGAAGGUUAGUGGGUUAUGGGAGAGCCUGGGCUUGGGGUUGGGGUUGGACCUGGGGUAUAGGCACUAUGGGGAGACAGCCAUCCUACACACUGAGACCCUAGAGGAUGGGAUAUGGGUACCACUGAACAACCCCAGUACGUCCUAAAAAACAAGUGCUGCCCUCUUUUCAAAAAACACUUCAGUCCUUUUUUCUUGACACUCAAGACUCAUUGAGAGUGUUUUAAGUCUUCUCUUGGCAGUAUUGGUGAAUUAAAAACACACACCUACCCCUUUGGUGUUACAUUGGGGAUCAUUAACUUACCGACGUGAUCCUCACAAUCACACACACACUACGUGGUGAUGGACGUUGUUGUUGUUUAGUGAGCGUGUGUUCUUGAAGAGGCCUGGAGAAAGUAUUUAUUUAUUUAUAACUUCUCUGUAGACGACGGAGACUCUGGGGUGCUAGACGAGUAUUUUUCCAUUAAACUGUUAAACAUAAUCAAAUAAAAUGUGCA